AUGGUGGCCUCUGCAGAGUUUACCUCGGCCGACCCCGGUAUCCCCUCACCACCCUUCAUUUCCGUCGAGGGCAUCGCCAACUUUCGUGACAUUGGUGGCUAUCCAAUUGCCGCACAGCCAGGCAAGGUUGUGCGCCAGGGCAUUGUCUUUCGAUCAUCAGAGCCAUCCAAGGUGACAGACGCAGGAAUCGCCAAGCUGCAGGCGCUGAGGAUUACCGACGUGUACGAUCUGCGGUCGAGGCAGGAGAUUGACAGGGACGCCCGGAAUGGUCACGGCCGGCAACCAAAAGAAUGGGACGGGGCAACGCGCAUAUUCGCUCCCGUCUUCCUUGAUGAUGACUACUCCCCCGAGGCAAUUGCCCUGCGUUUCAAAAACUACGCGGAUAAGACUUCUGAGGGCUUUGUACAGGCAUACCAAGACAUCCUGAAUGCCGUGUCCUCCCCUCAGAACCAGGCACAACCGUACAGGACUAUCCUGAAGCACCUGGCCGCCUCCCCGAACACGAGCAGUGACGGCAGCACGCCCGCGCCCAUCCUCCUCCACUGCACCGCCGGCAAGGACCGCACCGGCGUCAUAUGUGCCCUCGUCCUGUCGCUUUGCGGCGUCGACGACAAUGUGGUGGCCCACGAGUACAGUCUUACCGACCUCGGGCUCAAGUCCCGCCACCCUGAAUUCCUGCGGCAUCUGAUGAAGGAGCCGGCGCUGGCUGGAAACCCCCUGGGGGCCAGGCGAAUGAUUGGAUCAAGAAAAGAGAACAUGAUUGAAACCCUAAAGAAGAUCCGCGAGCUCUGGGGCUCUGUCGAAAAGUGUGUCGUUGAUCUCAACAUGCUCACCGAGGAUGAGAUUGAGCAGUUGCGCAAGAAUUUCAUCGUAGAUGCUUCUAGCCAACAAGGCUUGCCCCUGGACUGGCAGAGACAUGAAAACCUUGUUGCUGCUGCACAACACGAGUCCGACGCCGAGGCAGAGAAGAUUGCCGCCGAGGCCCAGAUAUAG